UAGAAGAGAGCUGCGGAGAGAGAGAGCAUGGUACACCUCAUCACGGAUGCGUGUGAGAUAUUUAUCAACACUCAUUUUAUACUAUCAUAACUUUAGCUGCAUUGCUCUAAGUUUUUUAUUUUAUUUAUGUGCACAAUUCAACGUGUCUUUGCAGUGGUUUCUCUCUCCAAAUGGCUUGGAUUAUUUCCCCGCGGUGGAAACGCCAAGGGACUGGCGCUGUUUUUCUGCUCUCUGCUUUGAUCGCGGGGAUUGUGACAGGUGACUCCACCGCGCAGGUUUUCGACAGUUAUGGAUUAUCAUACGCGUUGAGAUCGGAACUAUCUGAGGAUGCUAUAUUGGUGGCCAACAAUGGAAUACGCGUGCCUUUCGGGAGAGCAUUAUUCAUUGAUCCUAUCAAUGAUCUGGUAAUCCAAGUACAGCCGGGAGACAGUUGUAGUAUGACGGUUCUGGAUAACGACCCGCUCUCCCAGAGGCCCGGGCAGCUCUCCCCCAAAAAGUUUCCCUGUGAGUUUGGACCCAAUGACGUAAAGUAUUCUCACUUCGGGUCCAGGAGCCCCCCGCGGGAUAGGGUGAGGCUACAGCUCAGAUAUGACACUCAUACCGACACCAUAAUCAUCCCGUUUAUGAUGGAAGUGGAGGUGAUUUUCACACAGUUGGAAGUGUUAACCAGAAACAUGCCUCUGACUGUUGACAAACUGCUUGGCACUAGUAACCCCAUUGACAAGAAGAUUCUGGAGUUCACCUAUGAUAGAAGUGAACAUCCGUGUAAAAUAACGUCUCUCUCCAGUGGCAGUGCAUUACCCAGGUAUGGAAAACUUGUGGAUGAGGGAAAACUUGGAGAAAUGGUGGAUUGUGAUGAAUUUAUUAAAAUGAAUAUCUGCUAUCAGCACACUUCUGCACACAAAUCACCCAAUAGAGAUUAUUUCCCAAUGAUUGUGGAAUUACAAGAUAAAGAGGGUAAUCUGCUGAAGCAGGAGUUUUUCCAGAUGAUGGUGCGUAUAAAGGAUGGAGAGGAGAACACGGCUCCUAAACCCAGCUUCGUGGCCAUGAUGAUGAUGGAGGUGGAUCAGUUUGUCAUGACAGCCAUCACCCCCGACAUGCUGGCUGCCGAGGACAUUGAGUCUAACCCUGACGACCUUAUCUUCAACAUCACCACCCCCCUCUCCUUCGAGGAGGGGUACAUUGUCAGCACAGAUGACCGGAACCUGCCCAUCACCUCUUUCUACCAGGGAGACCUCAAAGAACUAAAGAUAGCCUACAAGCCUCCAUCUGUGGACUCUGAAACAGAACGUAUCUUCCAGAUAGAGUUUGAGGUGGUGGACACUGAUGGGGCUGUGUCUGACCCAUUCGCCUUCAUGAUUGUAGUGAAGCCUAUGAACACGCUUGCUCCAGUAGUCACCAGGAAUACUGGUCAGCUUCUCUAUGAGGGUCAGUCCAGACCACUGUCCAGUUCUCAUAACCUAGGGGUCAGUGACGAGGACGACCUGGAUAAUGUCAGGAUCACGGUGGUCGACGGGCUGCGGCAUGGCCAGCUGAUGGUGCUCGGGUCACUCAGGAAGUUCUUCACCCCGGCCGAUCUGGACGGGGGAAUGGUCAUAUACCAGCACGACGGCAGCGACACGUACAGCGACAACAUCAUCUUCCGGAUGACGGACGGGAAGCACGAGGUGGAAUUCCUGUUUCCCCUAACGAUCGUUCCCACGGACGACGAGCCGCCCAUUAUCAACGCUAACACUGGGUUAAUCCUCUUCAAGAACCAGAUUAUGCUCAUUUCGCCACUCACACUGAGCGCUGCAGACAUCGACUCUGAAGACUCCACUAUCAGGUUCACCAUAGAAGCCCCGUUCUCGCCUAUAGGGGAGGUGCUGCUGAGGCAGUCAGAGGCCCCAGCAGACCCAUCCACCUGGAGGUUUAAUGCUGAGGAUGAGCUGUAUGAGAAAGAGGUUACAGAUUGGUUGCAGCAGGAUAUCACAGAUGGGAAACUGUUCUACAGACACACUGGGCCUCACAGCACUGACACAGUCAUGGAUCAGUUUGUUUUCCGGGUCCAGGAUGAUAACGACCCCCCUAACCAAUCAGAACAGAGCUCGUUCAUCAUCAAGAUUCUGCCAGUGGAUGACAUAUCCCCUGAGUUGUAUCCUGGUACCACCCUCCAGAUGACCGUACACGAGUACCAGCUCACCUACUUCCGGAAGAAGUUUCUCCACUACACUGACCUGGACUCAGAGGACAGGGAUCUGAAGUACACCGUCACCCAGCCCCCGACAGACACAGAUGAGAACAGCCCUGUGGUACUGGGGUCUAUUGUGUUAACAGAGAGUCCAGACACUGUAGUGACUGAGUUUACUCAGGCUCAGGUCAACCACCAUAAGAUAUCAUACAACCCACCUGACCUGGAGCUGGGGAUCACAGCCCACGUUCUGCAGGUCCAGUACACGGUGGAGGAUACGUCAGGGAACACUGUCACCGGAACGUUCUCUAUAUUCCUGCAGCCUGUCGACAACAAGCCGCCUCAGAUAACAAACACUGGCUUCACUAUAUUCGAGCGGGGAACGCACAUAAUCACCAGAGCUGAGCUGGAUACUGUGGACUUAGACACGGACAGGAGCCAGAUCUCCUUCACUCUAACUCAGCCCCCUCAGCACGGCACGGUCCAAUACACCUUCACCGACUUGACCAAAGGGGACCAGUUCAACCUGUUGGACAUUGCUAAUGACAGGAUCUCCUACAUCCACAACGGAGACGAGUCCACCAGCGACUUCUUCCAGCUGGAUGUCAGUGACGGCGUCCAUGUUGUGACCAUCACCAUCAGGGUUACUGUGAAGCCCAUCGAUGACGAGACCCCGACCAUCACCCUCCCGGCUGGAACCAUUGGCUCCUACAUUGACGUCCUGGAGAACGGAGCUACGGAGAUCACGACUAACGUCAUCCAGGGGCGGGACGAGGACACGGACGACCUCCGUUUGACCUUUAUCCUGGAGGACCCACCGGUUCUCGGUGAGAUCCUGGUGAACGGGGUUCAAUCAGGGAGCUUCACCCAGGCUGACAUCAUCAACGGACUGGUGGUGUACACCCACACCAGUGGAGAGAUCGGCCUCACCACUAAAUACGACUACUUUAACCUGACGCUGACCGACAUGUCUGAUGAGUGGACGGUAGGGGGCAACAGGGUCACGGGGGUCAGGGUACAGAUCACCAUCCUCCCCAUGGACAGCCAGGCUCCAGAGGUGUUCGUAGGCCCACAGUUCACUGUUGUAGAGGGAGAGAAGAAUGUGAUUGAGAUUCUUCACAUUAGUGCUGAUGAUAUUGACACUCCUAAUAAUGACCUGCUUUGUACCAUCAUCGUACAGACCACGUCAGGCUACGUGGAGAACAUCUCCCCUGCCCCAGGCUCAGAGAAGUCCAGGUCUGGGACUGCGAUCAGUGCAUUCACCAUCAAGGACAUCAGACAGAACCACAUCUACUAUGUCCAAAGCAUCCAUAAGGGAGUGGAGCCGGUCGAGGACAGGUUCACGUUCAGAUGCUCAGAUGGCAUCAACUUCUCCGAGAGACAUUUCUUCCCCAUCGCUAUCAUCCCGUCCAACGAUGAGAAGCCGGAGAUCUAUAUGAGGGAGUUUGUCGUUAUGGAAGGGAUGAAUAUUGUUAUCGAUACGCCCAUCCUGAACGGAGCCGACGCGGACAUCCCCUCGGCCAAACUCACAUUCAUCAUCACCAAACCACCCAAGCACGGCUUCAUCCUCAACCAGCUGACCACCGACACCGUCACAGUCACCAACUUCACCCUGGACCAGAUCAGGGAAGCCUCCAGUAUAGUGUAUGAACACGAUGACUCUGAGACCAACGAGGACAGCUUUGACUUAACCCUGACGGACGGUAAAUAUACCGUGGAGAAGACCAUCAUUGUUAUGAUCAUCCCUGUAGAUGACGAGACACCCAGGAUGGCCAUCAACGACGGUUUGGAAAUAGAGAUAGGAGACGUUAAAGUGAUCGAUAACAAUGUUUUAAAAGCCACCGACCUGGACUCUGAGGAUAGUACUCUGACGUACGUUGUUCGCUACGGGCCGGGCCAGGGGUUGUUACAGAGGAGAUCCCCUUACGGGACGUUAGAGAACAUCACAGUGGGGAUGAACUUCACCCAGUACCAGGUGGACCAGGCUCUCAUCCUCUAUAUCCACAACGGGCAGGAAGGAAUCCGGGACCUUAUCAAGUUUGACGUGACGGACGGCAUCAACCCUCUGAUCGACAGGUACUUCUACGUGACGGUGGGCGGCAUCGACAUGGUGUUCCCUGACGUGGUCAGUAAGGGAGUCUCUCUGAAAGAAGGCGGUAGAGUAACGUUGACCACAGACCUGCUCAGCACCAGCGACCUCAACAGUCCCGACGAACACCUGGUGUUCACCAUCACCAGAGCCCCACAGAGAGGCCAUCUGGAGUGUACUGACGGGCCUGGCAUGCCCAUCUCCUCCUUUACCCAGCUCCAGCUAGCUGGGAGCAAGGUGUACUACAUCCACACGGCCGAUGAUGAGGUCAAGAUGGACAGCUUUGAGUUCGAGGUCACCGACGGUUACAACCCUGUGUUCCGCACUUUCCGUGUCUCCAUCACCGACGUGGACAAUAAGAAACCGGUUCUAACGGUUCAUGGCUUGGUGGUUAACGAGGGAGAGAACAAACUCAUCACGCCCUUCGAGCUGACCGCAGAGGACCGCGACACAGCUGACCGCCUCCUGAAGUUCACGGUCACCCAGGUCCCUGUCCACGGUCGUCUCCUCUUCAACAACACCCGCCCCGUCACCUCCUUCACCAAACAGGACCUGAACGAGAACCUCAUCAGCUACAAACACGACGGUACUGAGUCCUCCAAGGAUUCCUUCUCCUUUACCGUGACUGACGGGACGCACACCGACUUCUACGUGUUCCCAGACACCGUGUUCGAGACGCGGCGCCCCCAGAUGAUGAAGAUCACGGUCCUGUCGGUGGAUAACGGGGUGCCCCAGAUCGUGGUGAAUAAAGGGGGGCCCACCCUGAGGGUGUUAGAGACGGGUCACCUGGGGUUCCUCUUCACCUCUAAGACUCUUAAGGCCGAGGACAGGGAUAGUCUUCAGCUGUCUGUCACCUUUAAGAUCACCGUGGGACCAGAACAUGGAUACCUCAUCAACUUGGGUGCAGGCAACGCUACCGUCACCACAUUCACUCAAGCUGAAAUUGAUGACAUGAAGAUUUGCUACAUACUAAGAGAUGGUGGCAAUGCUACGAGUGACAUCUUCUAUUUCUCCAUUGAGGACAAUGGAGGCAACAGGCUGAAGAACCAGGUGUUCAGGCUGAACUGGGCCUGGGUCUCCCUGGAGAAGGAGUACUAUGUGGUGGACGAGGAGGCCAAGUACCUGGAGGUGGUCCUCAAACGACGAGGAUACCUGGGAGAGACAUCCUUUGUCAGCAUCGGCACCAGAGAUGGUACGGCGGAGAAGGAUAAGGACUUCCGUGGUAAAGCCCAGAAGCAGGUCCAGUUUAACCCAGGUCAGAGCACGGCUACAUGGAGGGUGAGGAUCUUGCAGGAUGGAGUGUAUGAGCAGUCUGAGGCCUUCCAGAUUGUUCUGUCAGAACCUGUCAUGGCUGCCCUGGAGUUCCCUGACACAGGCACUGUGGAGAUCCUCGACCCAGCUGAUGAGUCGACAGUGUUCAUCCCGUCUGCAGUCUACCCUGUAGAGGAGGACAUUGGGGAGCUGCUGAUCCCAGUACGCAGGAGUGGUGACAUCACACAGGAACUCAUGGUCAUCUGCUACACACAGCAAGCCACAGCUACAGGGACCAUCCCCACUACAGUCCUGUCCUACUCUGACUACAUAUCCAGACCUGAGGAACACAACAGUGUCCUGCGCUUUGAUAAGGGCGAGAUGGAGAAGUCCUGUCGUGUGGUGAUCAUAGAUGACUCUCUGUAUGAAGAGGAGGAGAGCUUCAACGUUACCCUCAGUAUGCCCAUGGGAGGCUGUCUGGGACAGGAGUACCACACUGCCAGGGUCACCAUCAUACCUGACCUGGAUGAUGCUCCAGGAUUCUACUUCGGAGACACAGACUACCGUGUGGAUGAGAGUGAUGGUUAUGUGGAGGUCAAGGUGUAUAGGACAGGCACUGACCUCUCUAAAACAGCCACGGUCACUGUACGCUCCAGGAAAACAGACCCUGUCUCUGCUGAAGCCGGUGUGGACUAUGUAGGGAUCAGUCGUAACCUGGACUUUGCACCGGGGGUCAGCCAGCAGACGUUCAGGGUGACCAUCCUGGAUGACCUGGGUCAGCCUGUGCUGGAGGGGACCGAGACAUUCGAGUUGGUCCUCCGCAUGCCCAUGAACGGCAUCCUGGGAGAACCGGGGAAGGCCACCAUCCUCAUCAAUGACUCCGUCUCCGACCUGCCCAAGGUGCAGUUCCGUGAUGCCAUGCACAUGGGGCAUGAGAACUCCGGUCAGAUCUCAGUCAUGGUGUAUCGUAGUGGAGACAUCAGUUACAGGUCAACCGUCCGCUGUUAUACCAGACAGGGAACCGCUCAGGUUAUGAUGGACUUCAACGAACGACCCAACACGGAUGCUUCCAUCAUCACCUUCCUACCAGGGGAGGUGGAGAAGCCGUGUGUUCUGUCUCUGGUUGAUGACACGGAGCAUGAGGAGGAGGAGGAGCUGAGGCUGCUGUUGGGGUCGCCCCGCAGUGAGUCUCCGUUCGGAGCGUCCAUCGGGAAACAGAACGAGACUCUGGUCAAGAUCAUGGAUGACGCAGACAAGGCCAUCAUCAAGUUUGGGGAGACUAAGUUCAGCGUGAGUGAGCCUAGCGGGGCAGGCCAGGUGUCCAUAGUGAAGAUCCCAGUGCUGAGAGUAGGAGACAUCUCCAAGGUGUCUGUGGUCCGCGUCCACACCAAGGACGGAUCAGCCACCUCCGGAGAGGACUACCAUCCUGUAUCUGAAGACAUUGAGUUCAAGGAGGGUGACACAGAGCACUACAUCGAGGUGGAGAUCUUGUUUGAUGGAGUCAGAGAGAUGAGAGAAGCCUUCACGGUCCACCUGAAACCUGAUGAGAACAUGGUGGCUGAGACGCAGAUGAAUAAGGCCAUUAUCUACAUAGAGGAGACCAACAGCAUGGCGGACGUCACCUUCCCCUCCGUCCCCCAGGUGUUCUCCCUACUGCAGUAUGACGACACCUCCAGAGCCAGACACACCCCCCCAGUGGCAGGCUACCCCGUCGUCUGUGUCACGGCUUGUAACCCUAAGUACCCUGACUACGACAAGACUGGCUCCAUCUGCAUCAGCGAGCACAUCAAUGACACGCUGACACGCUAUCGAUGGUUGGUCAGCGCUCCAACCAGCCUGGACGGGGUCACCAGCUCCAUGAGAGAGGUGGACUUUGAUACCUUCUUCUCCUCCUCCAAGAUCAUCACCUUGGACUCUGUCUAUUUCCAGGCUGGCUCUAGGGUGCAGUGUGCAGCUCGUGCUGUGAACUCUAACGGAGAUGAGGGCCUGGAACUCAGCAGCUUCAUAGUCUCCAUCAGUAUAGAGGAUGGUAUGUGCCAGCCUCGUGUGGUGGGUACAGUGGGCGCUGAGCCCUUCUCUGCCAAGCUACGCUACACCGGAGCAGAGGACCCAGACCACCCCAACCUCAUCAAGAUCACUGUCACCAUGCCACACAUAGACGGCAUGCUCCCUGUGGUCUCCACCCGUCCUAUGUCUAACUUUGAGCUGACGUUGAGUCCUGAUGGUACUCGUGUGGGGAACCACCGCUGUUCUAACCUGCUGGACUACACCGAGGUCAAGACCCGCCACGGCUUCAUAACCAACGCCACCAAGAACCCUGAGGUGAUCGGGGAGACCUCUCCCUACCAGUACAGCACCCCCCUGAGGGGAUCCAGCGUACUGCGCUUCUACAAGAAUCUCAACCUAGAGGCCUGUCUAUGGGAGUUCACUAGUUACUAUGACAUGUCUGAGCUACUGUCAGACUGUGGAGGGACCAUCGGUACAGACGGACAGGUGUUGAACCUGGUCCAGUCCUAUGUGACCCUCCGGGUGCCCCUCCACGUCUCCUAUGUGUUCCACUCCCCGGUUGGGGCAGGGGGCUGGCAGCAUUUUGACCUGCAAUCUGAGCUACGACUCACCUUCGUAUACGACACUGCCAUCUUGUGGCGGGACGGCAUCGGCAGCCCUCCUGAGGCUGAGCUACAAGGAGCCCUGUACCCCACCAGUAUGCGUAUCAACGAACAGGGUCGUCUGGUGGUCAACUUCAGAACAGAGGCUCGAUUCAGAGGACUAUUUGUCAUAUCACACUCUGCUUCCUCUCUGUCGUCCAUGGUGAUGUGUGCGGACCACCCUGGGGUGACCUUUAACCUCAGCCUGGUGAGGAGCGAGCCCACCUACAACCAGCCCAUGCAGCAGUGGACCUUUACAUCAGACUUCGCUGUGCGUGACUACUCAGGUACCUACACGGUGAAGCUGCUGCCCUGUACCUCUCCUCCCAGUCUGGAGUACUCCCUGCCUCCUGUCUGUAACCCCAGAGAACCUGUCACCUUUGACCUGGACAUACGCUUCCAGCAGGUGAGUGACCCGGUUGCGGCUGAGUUCAGUCUGAACACACACAUGUUGCUGCUGUCUAAGAGAACUUUGUGGCUGUCUGACGGAUCCAUGGGCUUCGGACAGGAGAGCGACACAGCCUUCUCACAGGGUGACAUGAUAUAUGGCAGAGUGAUGGUGGACCCUGUCCAGAAUCUGGGGGAUUCCUUUAUCUGUAACAUAGAGAAGGUGUUCCUGUGCACCGGCGCGGAUGGAUACGUGCCCAAGUACAACCCCAACAACAAUGAGUACGGCUGUCUGGCUGAUGCUCCAUCGCUGCUUUACAGAUUCAAAAUCAUUGAUAAGGCCCAGCCAGAGACCCAGGCCAGGUCGUUUGGUAACGUGGGGUUCAGGGCUCUGCUGGCUGUAGACGACCCUGAGGCCCUGGCCCUGGUCAGACAGCCUGGAUCUGACGGCUUCAGCAUGGACUCUACAGCACUGUUCCAGGUGUCAGCAGGGAGAGAGUGGUUCAUCCACACCAUCUACACCGUCCGCUCCAGAGAGAAUGCUAACAGGGGCAUCGGGAAGAGAAGUCUGGAGUACCACACACUCACCCAACACAGCAGUUUGGCUGCAGGAGGCCACUCCCUGACCCAACAUAGCAGUUUGGCUGCAGGAGGCCACUCCCUGACCCAACACAGCAGUUUGGCUGCAGGAGGCCACUCCCUGACCCAACACAGCAGCUUGGACAGAGAAACCCAGCGUCAAACUAUGGCUGCAGGAGGACCGUCCCAGUCCCAGUCUCAGUUCCAGUCCCAGUCCCAGUUUCGCUCCAGGCGGUCAGCAAACAGGGUGCCAGACCUGACAGAGGACAUCGGCCUGGACAACAACCGAGGCACCAACAUUCUCCAUAUCGCCCUGGACCUCAGCCGCCAGCGCCGCACCAGCCCCGACCGGGAGGUCCUCACUCGGGGUGUGGUGCCCAGGGAGCUGAACCAUCCUGAGGAGAGCGAGGACAGCCUGGUCCUGAUCAUAGGAAUCCUGGUGGGCCUCCUCCUCACCAUCCUCAUCAUCAUCGUCAUAGUGCUAACCGUACGGUCCAGACAGGAGAAGAAGAAGAUGGAGGUUGCCACAACAACGUCAAGCUCCACUGAGCCCAUGGUGACAUCAGGGUUCACUUGCGGUGGCUUGGACAGCUCAGAAGUCUGACGGACAGACAGACAAACGGACUUCCUUCGACAUGACCACUGAGACAGAAAGACCGAUGGACGGAUAUUCUCCACAGAAAAAAAAACACUGACAGAUGUUUGUUUUUUUUGUGUGCUUUUUUUUGCAAGUGCCUCAUUUUUACAUUUGGAUAUAAAGAGAGGGAGGGGACAACUGAAACAACACAGUCGGCAAUGAGAGCUUUGGUUCCGUAUACAAAAACCUACUUGAAAUCCUGCAGUCCUUCUGCUCUGCUGUAGGGGAGACCAUAGAGGUUAAACAAUCUCUCUCUAUGGGGAGACAGCCCCAUCUAGGGCAGUACCUGUAACCUGUUCUGUUCAAGGCACUUGCCGGCAUUCAUUAUUGCUUUGUUUUAUGAUGUUACACUUGAUCCCAAAAAUGUUUAUGAUUUGUCCAAAGGUGCUAAAGCAGCAGAUGCCUCUGUCCUGUAGGAUGGAUGGUGGUCCUGCGAGUUGGUAGAAGGACAUGUUGCAGGGCUAUUCAACUCCAGGCCUGUAGGGCAGAAUAACUGCUAAUGGUCUUUUCUACCUGGUAGUUGAUUGAUUGAUUGUCACUGAUUGGCAGUAGAGUUCCAUGAUGUUAUCAGUUUCUGAUUAGAAUGAAAGAAUGAUAACCAGAAGUGUUUCAGCCUUCCAGGCCCAGAGUUGAAUACCGGUAAGUGUUUCAGCCUUCCAGGCCCAUAGUUGAAUACCAGUUUUCCUGGUAUUCAGUAUUCAAUAUGAUUGCAAAGUUGUCAUAGAACUGUCAUAGUUGUCAAUGUGUAUGUUUGUUUUCCCGUGUCAAGCCACUGUCAAUAGUCUGCUAACACUGGGAAUAUGUACUACUGUAAUGUUCUACUGUAGCUCUCUGUCAAACCUGGGUUCAAACAUUAUUUUAAAUCUGUCAAGUAUAUUAGCUUUAGCCUGCUUUUUAUAUUGGUCCCACUGCAACAGGCAAGCUCAAUUGAUCACAGCUGAAGUAUUUUACAUGAUUUAAAAUAGUAUUUGAUCCCAGGUCUGCUCUCUAUACUGUAGUAUGGAGGCUGAUUCAUGUUGAAGUUCAACAGGUGCCUAAGAAUCCACUGGAUGUUAUACUGUAGUGAGUGUCCCAAAUGGAACCCUAUUCCCUAUUUUGCACUAUUGGUAGUGCACUAUAUAGGGAAUAGGGUGUAAUUUGGGAUGAAUACUUAGAUUUUCUCUAUUACAUGGUUAUUUGUUUUUGUUUGUAUUAAUGGUUAUCUAUCAUUUGUGCCUGCUUCUGAUUUUGUAUUGUCUUUAAAAUAAUUGCUUAAACUUGUAUAAUAAUGUGUAAUGCAGAUUUGGGGAAAAAUGUGUCUAAUCUACUGUAGCUAAUUCAGACUCAGUUACAUGUUUUUCUAUCCUAACAGAGUUCCAAGUUGAUCACAAUUUUGGGGGGGAUAAUUGUUCUCUCGAUAGUCCCAAAAUCAUGGUUGUAGUGACUUUCUAUAACUAUGUCCCAAAUGGCAUCCUAUUCCCUAUUUAGUGCACUGCUUUUGAUCAGAGGUACCAUAUAGGGAAUAGGGUGCCAUUUUGAACAUAUCCUAUAUCAGUGUGGUCCUGUAUUUGAAUACAUACAGUACUGAAUUUAAUCUAAUGAGAAAAGGUAUAUCCUGUAGGGGAGAGUAGGUAAGUUGAGACAUUUGUUACAUUCAGCAUCACUCCAUAAAUGGAAAUCUAGUAUUCUUUCUAACAAAGAUAUCUACAUAUAUUUCAGGAUGUUGUGUAUCCCUGAAAAUAAUCAGAAUUCAUGUAAACAUUACAGUUUUGAAAACAUAGCUUGUCCAAAGAAAGUGAUAUCUUGGCACGACUUACCCCUACACAUUUCUGUACUGAAUGAAAUAUUACCAGUACCUUUCUAAAACCAUGUCUAUCUUUACUUUCCAAACACAAUUCAUCACAAUCACUUUUGUGUAUUUUAAUCCCUCAUAUCCCAGCCUUUCAUUAUACCUGGGAAGAAAACAUUUACUAAACUUACCACAAGGCAAACAGUUUGACUAUAUUAGCCCACAAAGCUACAAGGAUGCACAUUCAUGCUAGGUUUAGGACCUCAUAUUGUAGCUUAUAGACCCCAACUGAUGUAUAGAACAAUGAUACGACUACCUAUUUUGGUUUAGAUACAAGCAUCAUGAAACCUCUAACACAAUAAAUUCAUUUGAAUUUGGUGAAAAUCUGUUUUUUGGAACAUACUUGCUUACCACUUUUACCAAGUGGUUUCUUCCUUCACAGACUCCAUGAAAUGAUGACCUCUUCCUAAAUAUUUGGUCAAAUUAUUCAUGUUGUGUAUGGUUUCCUAGAGACAAGAGUGGCUCAACUUACCCCUUUGACUCAACUUACCCCUUUAACUCAACUUACCCCACUCUCCACUAGUGAGUUGAUUUUAAAGACAGCUGGUCUGCAAUGUACUGUUUAUAGCAGCUCUGGAUGGAUCCACUAGGAACAGACUCAUCAUAUAGUGAGUAGCUUAUUCCCUAAAUAGGGAGUAGGGUGCUAUUCUGGACUAACUCUGUUUCUCUACAGGGCUAUGAAGUGACUGAUCUGUACCAAAUGUUCUCCAAAGGUUUUACAUUUAUAUUUAGUAUCUUACUAUAAAAACAUUCAUAAUGGGCCAUGAAUAUUGUCUGCAUCCCAAAUGGCACCCUAUUCCCUUUAUAGUUCACGACUUUUAUAGUAGUGCGCAAUAUCGAGAAAUGGAUGCCAUUUGGGUCUCCGACCAGAAGGGAAAACCAACUAUGAUCUACUACAAUCUAAAUCAUGGCUGUUAGAGAUGUAUGUUUAUACAUUACAGAAGUAUUUAUUUGAUCACAUAAAUAUCCAUAGGGAUUUUGCAAAUAAUAAAGAUCUGAUAUUUGUUUCCCUCUGGAGAUAAUUUUCUAAUCUGCCACAAACCACAUAAAAUAUGUUUCAGACAUGGUUGCCACUUUUUCAAUGUAAUGAUGCAUAAAGAAAAGGUAUAGACCAUCACCUUGUCAAUAGAUGCCCCAGUCAUAAUACUAAGAUAACAUACAAUGACCUCCAUACUGUAUCUAUAGAUAGUGACUUCAUAUACCCACUACUUUAUAAACUUCCGAUUUCUAUAUUGUUUGCUGUUUAAUUUUUGAAAACAUAAACGCUAUGCAACUUACAAUAUCAUACCACUAAAGUAGAAUCCCAAUAUUUCUUUGUUUUUGAAUAUGAUUAUUUUUGCUGAUUUUUACAUUUUCUCACUGUACCACCAAUCGCUCUUAUAUCAUGUUAUUAACACCACCAUUAUGAUUUCAGGAUUUUGUUGAAUGCAUCUAAUGCCUGUGUGAGUGUAUACACAUGUAUGUAAUAUAUGUACUGCGAAUAAAUAUACCAUUUGGAUGUUUUGGGAAUUAUCAAUGUUAAAGGCAUAUGUGCUGUAAGUAUUUGUAACAUAGACCUAAAGCACAAAGUGGUCUGCAAAUAAAGUGUUUUCAAGG